UUCUUGGGCUCUAAAAUUCAUUUCACAAAAUCCCAGUCAGUGAGCAGGAUUUUUCUGAUUUGUAUUGAGGAUUACAGUGUAUAUAGUUUAGCCUACAAUAGGAGAGAACUUCCCACUAUCCGUUGAGGAAUAAUGCUGACGAGACGAAAGUUGAUCGAUGUGAAGAAACUUCUAAAGGGAGAGGGAUCUGAUCACAAAACUGCUAAAGAUAAUCUUAUAUCUCCAAAUACUUCCACAUGUGAUAAUGACAAGGUUAGUAGAUUGAGAGACAGAGACAAAAUUAAACCCAGAAAGAGAGAACUACCAGAAGAGAAUCUACAGUCAGCUUCAAAUGGAAAAAAGGCCAAGCGAAAGAAGUUUAAGAAACAUCAACCCUAUAGUCACACUGAAGAAUUUCUAAAGAAACAGGCUUCGAAGAUAAAAGACCAAAUUAAACUAGUGCAGAAAUGGAAGAAAAUGGGAGGUAAAAGGAUUCAAAAUGAACUAAAACAAGGGUCAAGAAAAAGAAAAUCAACAGCAAAAACAAAAGGGAAAUCAAACAAUAACCAGAAACAGAAAGAAAGGAGAAAAGAAAUCUCAGUAAAAUCAAGGGCCAAAUCCAAAAUAAUAAGGAAAAAGAAUACUAAAAAGAGCAUAGAAAACACUGCCACAAAUGCAAAAGAAGAUAAUCUCAAAUCAAAUGACAAUACUGAUGUAGAAUCAGAUGAUAAUGAUUUAAUGGACGUUGACACUGAAAAUGAACUUCAGAAACAACCCUUUAAUCAUACUGAACAGGCUUUAAAGAAAAAAGGGCAAGAUAAACGUAUGCAAGAACAGAAAAAAAUUAAAUUAAUUCAACAGCAAAAACAAAAAGACAGAAAAACAAGAUCAACAAAAGCAAGUGCAAAAUCCAGAAUUAUUAAAAAGUACCAUAAAUACAAAAAACCUCAUCAACCUCAGGAACCAUUAGAUCUUCCUGUAUAUGAUGAAAUGUACAGUGAAGGAACCCAAGUUAUGUUUGGAGUGUUCCAGGAGCUGGCCCUACUAAAGACAUGUAGUGUGUUUGUCCAGUUGAAGUAUCGUGGGACAUGUCAAUAUUUUGGGACACAUCAUGCCAUCGACGAAUACAAGACCAUAGGCUUAAAAAGGAAGCCAGAUGAUUUUAAUAUAAUUCAACAUCGAGAUGGCCCUAGGUUGUAUAGAGGCAUUUACUAUGAACUACCUAAUGCUAGUGCAGAACCAGAAAAUAGCCAAAUACUCAAAGAAGAUGAUGAGACAACAAAUCAUGAUGAUCAGCAUACUGUUAAGGAGAACAUAUUGGGUGUAAACAAUGAGGAAGUGGAUGUUAAAGACAAUCAGCAGAAAACCAAUGUUGUAUUGAAUGAAAGUAAAUUGAAUAUGAAUGACAAUAUUGAUAUCUCAACCACAGAUCAGUCUAAAGCUGAGAACAAAGCUGCAGAUAAUGGUUUAAACAAUUCUUAUUAUGGAAGUACUGAAAUGUCAAAUGCUUAUCAUCGUGAAAGUGAGUCAGAUGAAAUUAUUGGUGACUUUCAAGCAGAUAUUAAUGAUCCAAUGGGCAAGUCUGUAGAAGAAAUUGUCACAGAGGCAAAAAACAACUUUUCAUCAGAUAACAAUACUGCUGUGGAUGAUAGUGAUUACAUGGAAAAUGACACAGAAGAAUCAUUUACAGAAGGCAGAACUGAGGAAAGUUUGAAGGAACUUAUAGAAGACUCACUGAUUAAGACUGCAAAUGAAAUUGCCAAAAAGAGCUACAGACAAAAACAUCAUAGGAACUUUUCUAAAGAUAAAUACAGUCAAGCAAUGGCUUCUCAUUCUCACCGUAUGAAACCUAAGUCUCUGAACAGUACUGAACCAAGGUCUUGUGGUUAUACAGCAUCUGUUCUUGAGAGUGAUAUCCCAAGUAUACCAAAAUCUCUGAAAUUUAAGCUACAAAACAAAGGAAAAUUUGUUGUCACUCAGCCAUUCAGUGUCACAGAAUUCCUAAAAUCUAAAAAGCAGAAAUCAAAAAAGAAAAAGAAAAGAUCACAGACCAAUAUGAAGAGAAUUCGAUGCAACAAUCAAGCACAGUCUUCCAGAUGGAAAAAUGCAAGACAGAGGAUGCUGUAUCACAAAGUGAGGAUGCAAACCCUAUGGAUAUGGAUCACAACUAUGAUCUCAUUAAUGAAAAAUCUAAAUCUGAUGUUGAUAUUGCCAGAGACAUGAUGUUAGAAGAAAACAGUUCACAUUAUGAGCCCAUCGUGGUUGAGGAGUUAAGUGAACAUGAGACUCAAGGACCAGAUCUAAACAACACAGACACAUCCGUCUUACCAUCUCUUAAACAAGAGAUGAAAGGCCCAGUUGAUGUUGUUGUCAAAGUAACAAAGGACCAAACAACAAACUUUAUGAGUUAUGAUGAAGCUAUGAAGAUUCCUAACACAAAAAUCUGUUACAUUAAAGGUCCUCAUCAAGCCCAUAAUCUCCAAGUGUUCCAAUAUUUUAGAAAUCCUAAAAAUUCUAAUCUUAAAUCAGCAAAGCUGAAAUUGGAAAGAGCAAAAGUACAAGCUCUAAAGAAGCUAAACCCAAAACCCCCGAAACCAAAACCCCCUAAACCUAAAGUUAAAGACUAUGUGAAAGAAUGCGAGCCUUUCAAUAUGCUCAUAGAUGAUGAUACAAAUAAGGACAUUGAGGCACUAAAUGCUGCUCAAAAUGUAAUCAAUAAACAAACUGAUGGUAAUGUUGCUUCAACUACACCGAGUCAAGUCUCAGGAGAGCAUAUUGCUGAACAGGACAUCUCUACACAACCACCUAUUUCUACUGCACCAGGGGUGGUGAAUAUAGAGCGAGAGAGUCUGAUGUCCCAGCAUGCUGGUGGACCAAUUGGAAGUGUACCUUUAACUCAGGAAUAUUUGGAUCAGCAAGGUCUCUCAAUAGAUGCACUCAUUGAUGCACUUGAGCACAGAGUCACUGAGGAUAAAGAGGUUGAGCCAGGCUUCACUAGGCCAAGUUUAGAGUCUCUUGUCAACAUACCAGGUGUGACCCUGGUGUACCAACCUGAUGGAGGCAUAGUUAUCAAUAUGACACCCACAGACCAACAACAAUCCAAUGUGGCAGAUAGUUCAACAAUCAACAAGACAGACCUUCAAAGGACCAUUGAUACUGUUGUCAAAAAUUCCAAGUCAAAAAAGGCAAAAAUGGUAGAAAAGAUGAAAGCAGAGCAGGUCAAGGUGGCAAAGGUCUACUACAAGUGUCCCAUAUGUAGGAUACCAGUAAAGAGAACUCUAUUGAAUUGCCACAUGAAGUCACAUGAGGAUAAAGGAGAAACUGUUGAAAACUACGACCCAGGCUAUGUAAUUGAUACUGAGCAGUUCAAAGCCAAGAAAUUCUACAGUUUUAACCAGUCUGAACAAAAAUAUGAGUGUUCAGCAUGUCAGUUCAGUGCCAUAGAGGAGCCACUUAUCAUCUCUCAUAACAAGUCACAUUGGACCAGCAAGCCAUACAUCUGCAAGUCUUGCUCCAUGGCCUUCAAAGGAAUUCAUCGUGUUCGCAGACACAUACAGUCUACACACAAAGAAGUACGUCCACAUCUGUGUGACAUCUGCUCUAAGGCAUUUAAACGUCUUGACAACCUGACCAAGCACAGGGAUCUUCAUCUUAUUGACAAGAGGGCAUUCCCGUGUCCUGCCUGUAAUAAAGCCUAUGCUGCUAAGGACUACGUUAGGUCCCACCUCAGGAAAAAACAUCCAGAUUUCACUGACCACAGAUGUGGUACUUGUAAGAAAAGAUUCCAGACAUACAAUCUGAGGCUGCUACAUGAAGCUAAUUGUGUUGCUUCUACAACAGACAAUAUGGAGCCAGUAGAUCCUAGUAACAUUGAGACAUCUGUAGUAAUAGAGGACCCACCUAUUGCUGUUAAUGAUGACCUACAUACCAUAGCAAGUGAAUCACUUGUGGUUGAUAUUAACACUGUUUCUACAGUAAUAUCAACUGAACACUGUUCAGAUUUGUAAUAUUACAGACAUAUUACGCAUGUUAUGGAGUUUCAUGUUGGCAGCUAUUUACCCAUUUGUUUUGAGAAAUUCAGUAGAAAUCUAUAUCUUGUGUUUGCAUAAUUAUGGUAUUGCAUCUAUAUUUUGUUAUAAACCAGAUAUCAUGUAGUAAUAUUCAAAUCUAUUCCAGGGAAUACUGUUCUUUUCAUGCUAACAAACGAUCACAAUGAAACGAUGGUAUUUAGCUUGAUUUUUAAUGUAGGUGCAAUUAUUUAAUGAGUUUGUAGAAAAUAAUUCAUUCUCUGUUUUCAAAGAACUGACUUCAAUAAAUUCAAUAGUUGCCUGAACUGUUAGUGAUAUAAACGUACACAUGAGGCAAGGACAA